AUGCGCAUCCUCAAUUUCCCUCUGGUUCUUUUCGCCACGGGAGUCUUCGCGCUCCCACCCAACGCGGGAGAGAGCAAUGGGAGUGGUGAUGUCGGCAAGGGCAAGGGGCAGAUUCGCUUCCCCGUCCCGGAAGGCAUGACGGUGAAGGAGGCUCAGGCCAAGUGCGGCGACCAGGCACAGCUCUCCUGCUGUAAUCAUGCGACUUACGCUGGAGACACUACUGAUGUCAACGAGGGCAUUCUUGCCGGUACUCUUAGCCAUCUUGUCGGUACUGGUUCGGGAGCUAGCGGUCUUGGUCUUUUCGACCAGUGCUCACAGCUUGAUGCACAUAUUCCAAUCGUCGGUAUCGCCGUGCAAGACUUGAUUAAGAAGCACUGCCAGCAGAACAUUGCCUGCUGCCAGAAUUCGCCCUCCAGUGCGAGCGGAGAUUUCAUUGGUCUGGGACUGCCGUGUGUGGCUCUCGGAGCUCUGCUUUAG